CCCAUACAACCUGUAGAACUCCUUUAUAUACAUAUAUAAUUCGAAAGAAAAAGGAAAUGUCUGAUGUAACAGCAUCGAAUGCAGCAGCAGGCCUUAGCCAAUCACCAGCUCUUGCAUCAGGAUUUCAAUUUCCAUCCAUUCACAACUUUCCACCUUUUUACACAUUGCAGCCGACCGCGUCUACAUGGAAAAAUCAGGCGGAACUAUGGAGCACGAUUAUCAUGCGUUAUUAUAAGCAUCACCGACUUUAUCAGCUGGAUCUGGAUGACACUGCCGUUAACGAUCAAUUGUUCAACAACCAACGGAUAAAUCGGAGACUCAAACCAGAGACUAUUCAGGCUAUAGUGGAUGUGAUGGUCAAGAAAGGCGAUGCUGAGUGGGACGCGACAUCAAAAAAGAGAAGGGCAAUCGUUUACUGGCGCAAACCCGAGGAUUGGGCAGAAAUGAUCUUAGCAUGGGUUUUUGAAUUGGGCCUUAAUAAUUCGAUUUUAACUUUCUAUGAGAUUGCACAUGGCGAGGAUUCAGAAGGCCAAGAGUUCCAUAAUAUUCAUCCAACCGUCCUACAAAAAACCAUGGAAGUAUUGGUGAGACGUGGGAUUGCAGCCACAUUCCAAGGCGCGACGUUUGAAGAGAUGGGAGUCAAAUUCUUUAAUGCAGGAGCAAAAUAAUAAAAAAUUAAAAUAUGAAAUAUUCCCACGGGGAGGCCCAACUUGUUCA